GCCAUGAAAAUUUUGCACUCACAACGACUGCUGGCGACGAAAGGUCAGCUGGGCGCUCGCCCAAAUAGAGGAUAAAUACCAAUCCUAGGGUACGUAUGCGAGGGAGCGAGACAUCUGGGGGUCAUUCCUGGAAUUGGGGGGCUGACAUAACCAAACAUUGCUCGGAAUCAAUUGGAGCAGAGGGAUUAAACGCUCGGAGGAUGGCUGGACCACUCCCAACUGGUAUCGUAUCGCACGCGAGAAAGGUCUGCAGCCUUUACAAACGGGCAUAUCGUAAUCUCGAGUCCUGGUCUUCAAUACUGACUGAUUUCAGGUACGAUGCAGUCGUCCUGAGAGCCCGUUUCGACGCAAACAAACACAUAAAAGAUCUUCGAAAGGCGAAGGAGCUGUUGAUCGCGGGUGAGGAAGAACUAUGGGACUGCAAGCAUCCUUCACCCAUGUAUUUCGCUGAAUCACCAGGUGGUGUUGCCUACGAGCGUGAGGGAGAAUCCCCCGACUGGGUCCUGGAUCACUGGCAUCCAACCGAGAAAGCCAUGUAUCCAAAGUACUUUGCAUUGAGAGAAAAACGCAAGCUGGAGUACAUUGAAUUCUACAAGAAGCAGUAUCCAGACGCACCCACCAAGUUCGACCUGGAUCACUAGAUUAAAAAAUCUUGAUGUCGCAUCAAUCAAUGUAAAAAAUUGUAGUAAACCCACGGUUGUUCGAACUAUUAUCAUUAACAGAUUAUACAUAUUAUUACCAAAUUCAAUAUAUGGGAUUAUACAUUAUUA